AUGACGCCCUCGAAUAUUCACAUUGUGCGCGAAGACUCGCUGCUCAGCGUGCACGACGACAACGAAAACUACUUCGACUCACGCAACUACGAGAUCUCGCCGACAACAUCCGCGGUGCCGCGUGUGGCCGCGCCGGCCACGCUCAACUCCACCAUCUUCUCCUCCACCAUGCUCAGCAAGGACGUGUUAGACGAGCCGGCGGACCUGUCCGACUACUCGUUCGCGCGGCACGUAGUGAACGCGAGUUUCAACAGCGACUUGCAGCUGGCGCCUUCGGACGACGCGACGAUCCACGAGGAGCUCGUGCCCGAGGUGCCGCCCAAGGCACGCAACGGGUCGGUCGUGUCGCUCGCUCCGGCGAAGAUUACCGUCGCCUCUACUUCUGCCGCCGCCUCACCCAAGACACGCGCACGCGUCUUCCCCGAUACUGUCGCGAGCCUGCCACUGAGCGCACACCUGGAGCUCGACGGCUACGACCACGCGAUCCUCAAGGAUACAGCGCUCCGCCUCCACCGCCAGGAGUUCCAAUCCAUCCGGGUUGAGGAAUACACCCAGUAUCUCGCGUCGCCGUUACCGGAAAAUGAGAUCAUCCGCGACUACUACAUGGACUUUUUUCUCUGGAACAAGAGCUUACUCAACAGUUUGCGCACGCUCUGCUCAAAGCUCUACUUCAAGGGGGAGUCGCAGGAGAUUGACCGGAUUUUGCGGAGCUUCGCAAAGUCGUGGUUGAAGCAGUUUCCCGAAAACAUCUUGGGGAGCGGGAUCGAGGAGAUCCACGUCGCGAGUUACAGCUUGAUUCUCCUAAACACCGGCUUGCACAACAACAACUCCACGCGGCGCAUGUCAAAGGACGAGUACACCCGCAACACGAUUCUGACGUUGAUGGCUCUCGCGGCGGAAAGCGGGCGCGCGCGCAAGUUCGACAUUGCGCGCAAAUUGACGUUGGAGCGCGAGCUUCUCUCUUACUACGAGCAGCUUGCGCACGAGGCGUUACCGCUCCAUACGACCGCGAGUACGCGGCGAGGCAUGCGCAACUCGAUCAUCUCGACAAUCACCAAGCACGACGAGCCGCGCACGGGCGGAUUCAGUAGCCGGCGGCUGUCGGUAACGCGGCGCGGCGGACUGGCGGCAGCGUCGCUUUUCUCAACGGACGAAACGUUCUCACACUUUGACGAAUCGAUCAUCGAGGAGGCGGACGAGAACAUUGACGACUUUGACGAGAAUGGUGACGAGCGCCUCGUGGGGUUCGCGCGCGCGUUGAAGAGCGAGCCGCACCUGCACGCGCCUGCCUCCUCGGGGGCGUCUGGGGCAGGCCGCGGGUCGGACGUACCGCCCGGUGUGCGCGCGCGUGCGAGCAGUAGUACCAUUGGCCGCAAGCCGUCGGGUGCGAUGGGUGGCCUCGCGAACGCCGACAACUUUGACGCGAGCUUCCAGAUCCUUCAAGACGAGUUCGACACGCACCUUGACUUGCAAGGCGCGCCGUACAUGAAGGAGGGUUUGUUGCGGUACCGUGCGAGCGACGUGGGCGGUGCUGGUGCGCACCGGUCAUUCUUUGGCGUGCUCCGUUCGUCGCUGGCGCGCGACAGAUGGGAGGAGAACCUCGUGAUUGUUUCGAUGGGUGUGUUACGGAUCUAUUCGUUUAACAAGAGUCUCGUGAAGAAGCGCGACGCACAGGCCAAGCCGCGCACACCCGCACAUUCGCGCACGGGCGUCUCGUCGCGCCGCUCGUUCAUGCUGACGCGCAGCGUUGACACGAACCAGAGCUAUGCGACUGCGACGGGAGCGCCGAGCGCGGAGGUGGUCGGGGACGGGAACUGGAUGAAAAAUGCCGUCAAGAUUGGCGACUACAACUUGUGCUCGGGCUACGCGGCAAUUGUGCGUAACAUCCCCGUCAAGCGCAACGAAUGCUACUGGGCGAUCCAGAUUCCGCGGCCCGGUGCUACGCCUGCGAGUUCCAAGGAGGCCGUGGGUACUUCCGCGGUCGCGUUGAUGGGCGAUCAUGUAACAACGAUCACGUUCUGCGCGGGAACAAAGGAAGUGGCACAGGAGUACGUUGACACAUGUAACUUCUGGGCUGCCCGCAUCACGGCGAUUCCGAUCGAGCAGCCAAUCACGUCGCUCGAGUACGGGUGGGGGGCGCGUGUCACUUCCUCGCUGAAGAUUGCGCGCUGGGCGUACGCGCCCGGCGGUGUGUACUUGUCGCGCGACCAGAUUUUUCCACAAUUAGCCGCGAUGAUCGACUUUUUCCAUCACUUGGAGGCGCGCGUACACGCGCACGUCGCGUGCAAGUCCACCGUUAUGGCCAGUGAUGUCAAGAAGCGUGUGGGCAGCAAGACUCACCGCCUUAUUCUUGACAACUGGCAGAAUCAGAUGACGAUGUUGCAGUACGACCACUUGCGAUACAAGACAUAUCUUCAGAUUUUGAUUGUGGGGGCCAAGUCACGCUUGCUGCUUAUGGAAGCGACGCCCGACCUCCUGGAGCAUGAGCCAUCCGCGACGGACAUUGAUGCGAUUGACGAUGAUUAUGUGCCGCCGUUUGACGUCGCGCGGCUUCGCGAGCAGAUCGCGGAGACCGAGGCGUACUUGGGUGCGCGCGCGGACAUGAAGAAGUCCAAGGGGUCGCUUGAGUUGUGGAAGGUGUUGGAUAAGGACAUUACACCGCUUUCGGGGAUGGUAGAUGUCAAAGAAGAGCAACGAGUGAAUUGA